AUGCUGAUGCCUGAACUUGAUGACCAGCAGACAACAGAAACGGUUUUACAAAGCCUCAUAAUGGUACAAAACUUGCUGGAAUUUGAAGGAAGCAGUUGUACACCGUUCACCCUCCCUGUAUAUCAUCCAAUCUUACAUACCUGGGAUUUCGAAAUACCACUCAACAAAAAUAGCGCAGCGAUCCUAACCUGUGAUACGAUCCGUGACCGCUCUACGUGUCCGCUUUACUCAUGUGAGCUGAAAAUUUCGCAGAGUGAGCAGAUACUUCUUCUUCAAUUUCCGGCUGAACUUUGUGGUCAGUUGGAUGAUUUCACGGAUGACAGACAAGCUGCAUUCCUCGUCCAUUCAUUUUUAAAUGAGAAUACGCCUUGUCUGGUUAUUCAAUAUACAGAAACCAAGGAUGCGUUUGUCAAAGUGCCCCAUGAAAGAUAUUUCUUUGCGCUAGUCUCUGGUCCUUCAUAUGUGGACGUAUGCCAGAACGUACGAUUACGCCAGACAACGUACCGUAUACCAUACGGUGCACAUAUUUGCGAGGAAAUUCCCAAUGAAGACAGAAGCAGAAAACAACGGAUAUUCCGCAUACGACCAAAGGAGCUUAUUUAUUUUUCUGACAUACCUUGGUAUAUGAAUGAACACAACAAAUUUGUAUUCUUCUUGAAUAGUCAUGGGCCGAACUGUGUAUUCAACGGAUACGUUCAAUUGAAUGAAAGUAGACAGGUUUCGGAGCUAACUGGUCAAAAACCAACAUACCUCUGCCCUUAA